AUGCGAGACGACAUGCCAGAAUCAGGACGUGAGACGAGGAAUGAAAGAACACCUAUAUAUGAAAAUCCCUAUGAAUGUAACCACUGGGGUAAAGCCUUCACACAUCCCACUGAUCUAUCGAGGCAUAAAAGGAAUCACACUGGAGAGAAACUCUACAAAUAUAAUCAAUGUGGUAAAGGCUUUUCACAACACAGUCAACUCCACCUACAUAGAAAAACACAUGAUGGAGAGAAACCCUAUGAAUGUAAUGAGGGUGAGAAAGUCUUUUCCCAACAUGGAAAUCUCCAAAUUCAUAAAAGAACACAAACAGGAGAGAAACCAUACCAAUGUAAUCAAAGUGAUAAAGCCUUUGUAUAUUGCACCUUUUCACAACAUCGUAGUCUCCAAAUGCAUAAAAGAACACAUACUAGAGAGAAACUUUAUGAAUGUAACCAAAGUAGUAAUGACUUUUCAUGCCCCAGUAGUCUCCAAAAGUAUAAAAGAACACAUACUGGAGAGAAACCCUACAAAUGUAAAGAGUGUGGUAAAGCCUUUUCACACCACAGUAAUCUCCAGGUGCAUAAAAGAACACAUACUGGAGAGAAACCCUACAAAUAUAGUCAGUGCGGGAAAGCCAUUUCAAACACUAAUAUUCUCCAGGUGCACAAACGAACACUGGAGAAUACUGGAGAGAAACCCUACAGAUGUAAUCAGUGUGGUAAAGCCUUUUCCCAAUCCAGUGGUCUCCAUGUGCAUAAAAGAACACAUACUGGAGAGAAACCCUACAAAUGUAAUCAGUGUGGGAAAGCCUUUUCACAACCCAGUAGUCUCGAAAAGCAUAAAAGAACACAUACUGGAGAGAAACCUUACAAAUGUAAUGAGUGUGGUAAAGCCUUUUCACACCCUAGUACUCUCCAUGUGCAUAAAAGAACACAUACUGGAGAGAAAUCCUAUGAAUGUAAUCAGUGUGGGAAAGCCUUUUCACACUACAGUAAUCUCCAGGUGCAUAAAAGAACACAUACUGGAGAGAAACCCUACAAAUGUAAUCAGUGUGGUAAAGCCUUUUCACAACACAGACAUCUCCAAGAGCAUAAAAGAACACAUACUGGAGAGAAACCCUAUGAAUAUAAUCAAUGUGGUAAAGCAUUUUCAUGUUGGAACAGUCUCCAGAGGCAUAAAAGAACACAUACUGGAGAGAAACCCUAUGAAUGUAAUCAGUGUGGUAAAGCCUUUUCAGAAACCAGUAAUCUCAAAGUACAUAAUAGAACACAUAGUGGAGAGAAACCCUACAAAUGUAAUCAGUGUGGGAAAGCCUUUUCACUAUACAAUAGGCUCCAAGUGCACAAAAGAACACAUACUGGAGAGAAACCCUACGAAUGUAAUCAAUGUGAUACAGCCUUUGCAAGUUGUAGUGGUCUCCAGAGGCAUAAAAGAAUUCAUACUUCAGAGAAACCCUAA